CCUUGCGACUUGCGCCCGUACUCAUUUGUUCCCCUGUGGUUGUCUUGACCGGCAAUUACAAUGCACUGUUCGAAUCGGUUUGAUCAUUCAGAUUCUACGAGACUAUGACCUCGACUCGACGGAGUAGACAAUCGCGACGAUCCAGACAUUUCUGAGCGCCCUUCCGCAGACCGAACGACCUCAACCCGUCAUGAAUAAACCCCCAGCUUCAUUUCGCAUUGACAUGGACGACAAGAAGGCGUGGAGUCCCGAGUCCUCAUCCGAACCAUCUGCUUUUGAGGGAGACAUGCAUCAGGUGAAGAGAACAUUUACACGACGGCUCACCGAGAGCUUCAAGCGAGACCCGAACGCCAGCGUCACACGAUCAUCUGUCAGCGCGUCCGACCAUCAUCAUCAUUAUGAUGCCGAGGCCGCGGCGCAGGCGACUGCCAUGUCGCCCUUGCUGCGUAGACUCAAGGGUCGACACCUGCAGAUGAUAGCGAUCGGCGGUAGUAUUGGAACAGGCCUGUUCGUCGGGAGUGGAAGAGCGUUGGCCUACGGAGGUCCUGCGUCGCUAUUAAUCUCCUUCAGCCUGACAGGCACCAUGUUAUAUUGCACGGUACAGGCGCUGGGAGAGCUGGCUGUGCUAUUCCCAGUUGCCGGUUCCUUUGCGGCGUAUUCGACUCGAUUUCUCGACCCAGCCUGGGGAUUCGCCAUGGGCUGGAAUUAUGCAAUGCAAUGGCUGGUUGUACUGCCAUUGGAAAUCGUCUCUGCCUCUAUCACGGUUGACUAUUGGGUACACAAUAUUGGCUUGAACGCCGCGUGGGUGUCCAUCUUCCUCGUCAUGAUCGCCAUCAUCAAUUUCUUCGGAGUAAGAGCAUACGGAGAGGCUGAGUUCGUCUUCUCCGUCAUCAAAGUCACAGCGGUGAUAGGAUACAUUUUGCUCGGCGUGCUCGUUAAUAUCAUGGGUGGCGUUGAUAGCAACGGCCAACCUGAUGGCAGUUACAUGGGCUUCCGUCUCUGGCACCAUCCAGGAGCCUUCCACAAUGGCUUCAAAGGCCUGUGCAGCACUUUCGUAACUGCUGCCUUUGCCUUCGCAGGCACUGAGCUGGUUGGUCUGGCUGCCGCAGAAACAGAGAAUCCCAGAAAGACUCUACCAACAGCUAUCAAACAGGUAUUUUGGCGUAUCACACUCUUCUACAUCGUCAGUCUUUUGAUUGUCGGCACACUCGUUCCCUACGACGAUCCACGGCUUCUGAACGGCCAAAGCAACGCUGAUACCAAGGCCUCUCCAUUUGUCAUAUCCAUUCAAAACGCCGGCCUAGCCGUCCUCCCCUCGGUGAUGAAUGUGGUGAUAAUGAUAUCAGUCCUGUCCGUGGGCAACUCGAGUAUCUACGGCUCCUCGCGUACACUGGCCGCACUCGCCGAGCAACGUCAAGCACCCGCUUUUCUGGCGUACAUUGACCGCAAAGGCCGACCCCUCUACGCUAUCAUCAUCGCCACGGCCUUGGGCGUCCUCGCCUUCCUCGCGGCGUCCACGAAACAGCAAGACGCGUUCAACUGGAUGCUCGCCCUCUCGGGGCUCUCGUCCAUCUUCACGUGGGGCAGCAUCUGCCUGGCGCACAUCCGCUUCCGCAAGGCCUGGCUCCUGCAGGGCCACACGCUCGACGAGCUCGCCUUCCGCAGCCCCGUGGGCGUCGUGGGCUCCUGGAUCGGGCUGGGCUUCAACAUCCUCGUGCUCAUCGCCCAGUUCUGGACCGGCUUCAGCCCCGUGGGGUACGAGAGCGACAGCACCAGCUAUCUCGUCAUCAACUUCUUCCAGGCCUACCUGGCCGCCCCCGUCGUGGUGAUCAUGUACAUCGCCUACAAGGUGUACAUGCGCACGAGCGUCAUCCGGACGAGGGACAUGGACCUCUUCACCGGAAAGCGCGAGAUGAACGUCAAGAGCCUCGUCGCCGAGGAGAGGGCCGACAGACUUAACUGGCCCACGUGGAAGAAGGUUUAUAAAUUUUUGUGCUGAUCUUUUCCCCCCUCCCGUUCUCGUACCGGUUGGUGGUAGGUCACUGUGCAGGGCACCCGUUGGAUUUUAUGUUUGCGUCAAAAUUACUGGAUCUUGGUCAAGGGUAUUGCGCAUGUAUAUACCCAUGUUAAGUUACGACGUGAUGGAUUGAUGGGUUAUGGAUAUACAUUUGAGUCUCGGCGUGAACAUUGACCAGUGGAUUCUACGAGACAUUUCUGGGGCACAGCUUUCGGGUAUUACACUGACAAAUAUGUAAAUGUUCGAGAUGUCCAAGACAUUCAAAAAAUAUUGACCAUUGAAUAUACUC